AAGGUAAUGUCAAAUCUCAAGAACAUUUUAGCCAGACCCGAAAAUAUUUUAUAAACGCAAACAAAACGAAUAUCACACAAAUUAAUUAUUGAAAAAUAAUUAAGUGAAUUAUUAAAAUUUUACUGUGAUUUGCCAACAUUGCGUGGCAACAAAAAAAAAUCACAACAUCAGCAAAGUACAAUUGAAUUUACGUGUUAACCAAUAUACCUCCUAUUCAAAUUAAAUUAAAAAUGUUAACAAGAAGUUGUAGUUUCGGAAAAUUCUGCAGUAAUACAUUAACACUGUUCACAUUCCUCUUAUUACUUACCUGCCGUCUUAUAAAUGCUGUUGAAUUCACAUUUGACCUGGCAGAUGGUGCGGAGGAUUGUUUCUAUGAAGAGAUUAAACGUAAUACAAGUGCAUAUUUGGAAUUCCAAGUAUCAGCUGGUGGCCAGUUAGAUGUUGAUGUGACAUUAAAAGAUCCACAGAAUCGCAUUAUUUACACACAACAACGUGCCACGUUUGAUAGCCAUCAGUUUGUAGCAGAAACAAGUGGUGUUUACACAGCUUGUUUUAGUAAUGAGUUCUCAACAUUUGCACACAAAUUUGUCUAUGUUGAUUUUCAAGUAGGCGAAGAACAUCCGCUGCCAGGUGUUGAUGAACACGCUACAGUACUUACACAGAUGGAAACAUCGUCACAAGCGAUACACAAAAGUUUAAAUGAUAUACUCGAUGCACAGACUCAUCAUAGGUUACGUGAAGCUCAGGGACGUAAACGUGCUGAAGAGUUAAAUGAGCGUGUUAUGUGGUGGUCAUCUAUGGAAACUGCAGCUGUCUUAGUAAUUGGCAUUGUACAAAUUAUUGUGCUGCGUAACUUCUUUACAGAUCGUAAACCUAGCCAAACACAUUAUCCACGUUUGUAGAAUUCGUUUAUGGCCAAGUAUCGAUAUAAUUAUUUUGUAAAAAUUAUUUGUGUUAAAAACUAUAUUUUACGAAUUAGAUUUGUUAAAAUAACAAACAGAUUAUCCGACUCUAUUAAGCUUGUAAAGACUAUUUAUAUUUGCUAACGCUGGUUUACUUUAUUUUUCCUCAUAUUAUUUCGCUUAGUGGCAUCAAUUGUUUUCCUAUGUUAUACUGUUUUUUAUUUUAUCUUCUAGAACCAAAUAUAAAAUUAUAAGUAAAACCUAAUGAGUUCUUUACAUCAAACAAUCUCUGUCUUGUACGCAAAUAUAUAAAUAAAAAGGAACU